CCGCCCACGCCGGGGCGGGGGACGCGGGGCGCGGGCGGUGAUGCGCUCGGCGGCUCGGCUGGCGGCGCGGUGCCCCGGGGCUCGGCGGGGAGCCGGCGGCUCCCGGUGCCCGCGCGGCCCAUGGGCGGCUCCGAGCAGCCCCCGGCGGGGAGCGGCGGCCCCGAGGGCGGCGAGCUCGGGGACCGCUCGCUCAGCCGCGGUCUGAGCGUGCUGGUGGGGCUGGCGCUGUGCGUGACCAUGCUGGGGCUGGGCUGCGCCGUGCAGCUGGGGCAGCUGGGGCAGCAGCUGCGGCGGCCCGUGGGGCUGCUGCUGGCGCUGCUGGGGCAGUUCGUGGCCAUGCCGCUGCUGGCCUUCCUCCUCGCCCUCAUCUUCGCCCUGGACGAGGUGGCGGCCGUGGCCGUGCUGCUGUGCGGCUGCUGCCCCGGGGGCAACCUCUCCAACCUCAUGUCGGUGCUCGUCGACGGGGACAUGAACCUCAGCAUCAUCAUGACGGCGUCCUCCACGCUGCUGGCGCUGUUCCUGAUGCCCCUGUGCCUCUGGGUGUACAGCCGCCACUGGAUCAACACUGCGCUGGUGCAGCUGCUGCCCCUGGGGGCGGUGAGCCUGACCCUGGGCAGCACCCUGCUGCCCAUCGGCCUCGGGGUGCUCAUCCGCUACCGGCAUCCCCGCGCCGCAGACCUCCUGGUGAAGAUUUCCCUGUGGUCCCUCUUGGUGACUCUGGUGAUCCUGUUCAUCCUGACUGGGACCAUGCUGGGCCCAGAUCUAUUGGCACAUAUUCCUGCGUCUGUCUAUGCCAUCGCAGUGCUGAUGCCUCUGGCGGGGUACGCCUUGGGAUACGGCUUAGCCACAGUCUUUAAAAUGCCCCCGCACUGCAGGAGAACAGUGUCUUUGGAAACAGGGUGCCAAAACGUCCAGCUCUGCACCGCCAUCCUAAAACUCACCUUUCCUCCGGAUCUCAUAGGAAGCAUGUACAUGUUUCCCUUGCUUUACGCCCUUUUUCAGUCGGCAGAAGCAGGACUGUUUGUACUGGUAUACAAGAUGUAUGGGAGAGAUGGCUACAAACCAGAUACGCUCGGUGAAGAGGAAGACACAGAUAUUUCCUACAAGAAGCUGAAGGAAGAGGAGGUGGCCGAUACUUCAUACGGCACGGUGACCGCAGAGGAGCACAACUCCAUCCAGUUGGAGCCGACACAGACGGCACUGUGAGGGAGAUGAGGAGGUGACAGGCGGGGACGUGUGAUGUAUGUUGUGCUUGCAGCCAGGCUGGGGCCGUGCUCACGCUGCCCGGCCUCCAUCGUUUCUCCAGCCGCUCCCAUUGUACCAGGUGAUGUGUGUUUAGUACCGUGACCGCUGUAUUUCCUCAAAAACACUUAGGCAAAUAAAUAACAAAGGAAAAAAGUAUCACUGUGAUGCGAACAGCCAUACGUCUUGAGGCAAGGAGGCUCCUGCCCGCCCGAGCGCGGCAGGAACGCGUUGGAGGAAGGAGCCCGGCAGGGCUGCGGCCACAGGAUCCGCGCCGGGACGGGCGAACGCGUGUAUCCCCGUGCCUCCCACCCGCUGUACCAGUGUCGUGCUCGUUGUUCUCACCGCAAAUACAUGGCGAAGCUGAA